AGACUCGGUUCACUCGUUGGAUCGAGAAUCACGUGGCCUUGUUCGUUCCGUCAUUUCGAGCUCGGACUCGCGGCGAACGACAGUGUGCGGCGCGCGCGCAGAGAAUCGACACUUCUCGUUGGCUUUCGCGUUUUAUGAAUCUCACGCGACGCGAUUGCAAUUUGUUCGUCACUGUUCCGUGAUGUUUCUUCGCGAGUCGAACACGGACGACCUCGUUGCCGAAUGAUCGUGGCUGUGAAAGUAUAUAUAGCGAGCAGUGUGUUCCACGUACGGGGUCAUCUUUGCUGGACGCGGCAGAGAAGAAAACAAACGGUGACAGCGAAUGAUCGCGACGGACAAUCGUCGACGUUGAAUCUGGCGUAACGUCGAUCGUACAUACGUCGCGGGAAACUCGGCAGAAUGAUACUCGACUACUACUCUCUACGACGUUCGAUCAUCCUCUGCAUCGUCAUUGCGACGUGCUACGCCUUCAACAGGCAAUGCCCGCCGCAACAAGGCUGCAGCUGCAUUUCGAAAAUCAACGGAGACUACGAGAUACACUGUCCCAUGAACGAGAGAUCGUCCUUCGUCGUGACCGUUCAACAGCAUGACUUUAUUCAGACACAAUGCCACAACUCGCCACAAUGGGACAGUUUCAAUAUAUCGGAGCUGACAUCCACGGACGACGUAAAAGACAUAUUCUUCCAGAUGUGCACUUUACCGACGAGUCUGACUCUAGGAGAGAUCGUCAAGAAGUUCGGUGUACGAAACGUGGAGAGGCUGGCGUUUCAGUCGUUCGACGAUUUGAGCGGCACGUUGAACAGAAAGCACCUACAGGGAUUCCCAAAUUUACGACGACUAAUAUUGUCGAGCAACGGCCUGACCAACCUCAGCAGCGAUCUUUUCGCCGAUCUGUCGCAACUAGUCUGGCUCGACUUGCGCGAGAAUCGCGUACGCUUAUCACCGGGGAUCUUCAGCUACACGCCGAGAUUAGAGGUGCUUGAAUUAGGUAACAACAUGAUGGAGAGCAUCGAGCCAGGCAUCUUCGACCCGUUGAAGAAGCUACGACUUUUGAAUCUAUGGCAGAACAAGUUCACGACGAUCGAGCCGGGCACGUUCGACAAACUCGAGACUCUGAAUUCUUUGGAUCUGAACGGGAACGAACUGGCCACGUUGCCCACAGAUGUUUUCGCAAAGCUGGUGAAUCUCGAGGCGUUGAAUCUGUUUUGGAACAAUUUCUCGUCGUUGCCGGAGGGUUUGCUCCAGCACAACAUCAAUUUGAAGACGGUGAAUUUGUAUAGCAAUCGAAGGAACAUGACGAGGCUGCCGAACGGAUUGUUCGCGAACUUGACGGAGCUGAGGGCGGUGGAGUUGAGGAGCAACGGUUUGAAGGAAGUGCCGGCUGAUUUGUUUCGCGGUUGCCUCUCACUGACGAACGUUAGCUUGCAAAGGAACUAUAUCGAAUCGCUCCCCGAAGACCUCUUCAAGGACUUGAAAAACUUGUCGAUGUUGCUACUCAAUUUUAACGAGCUGACCUCGCUGCCCGAUGAGAUAUUCUUUGAUUUGAGUCAAUUGACCACGCUGGAUUUGUCGAAGAAUCAUCUCACUUCGAUAUCCAGAACUCUUUUUAGCCGUUUGAAGUCACUGGAUUAUCUGAACAUGUCUGAAAACAAGCUGAAAGAAAUAGAGGACAUGAGUUUCAACUUCAUGCCAAAACUACGGAUCGCGGUAUUCUCUGACAAUUAUCUUACGUUCAAUACCUCGACGAGCAAUCCUUACUGGGAUGAUUACGGAAAGAAAUCACCUUUCCAUAGUUGUACCGCAUUAGAGGAAUUAUAUUUGGACAGGAACAACAUUUCGGAGAUAUUCGGUGAUUGGGUCAUAAGUACUUUGUAUCUGCGAAUUUUAGACCUGCAGUUUAACCAAAUAACGCAACUAUCGGUCGAGGAUCUGCAAUUCGUAUCCAACAACAUUAAAGUGAAUUUAACGCACAAUCAGAUAAAAGUCAUCAACCUGGCUCACGUUGAGGAAAUAGCGAAAUAUCAAAAGGUUCCACGCGAUGUACUGAUAUUCGUCGAGGCUAAUCCUAUUAACUGCGACUGUAGUGCAUACGACUUUCUUCGUUACUUGGAUGGAAGACUGCACCCUUACGUCCAGAAUUAUUUCCACAUAAUACCGCAACAUUUAACGUGUCAAACUCCAGACAGGCUUGCAGGCAUAGAAGUAACAGAUUUGAAAUCGAAGCAAUUAAAGUGUCAAAUAUUGGACCCAUGUCCCGACAGCUGUACGUGCUGGUUGAUACGCGACGACGAAACAUUUUUGAUCGAUUGUUCGUACAAGAAUUUGACAAGUGUGCCGCGAAAUAUCAAAACUUUGCCAUCGCGCAAUGUCGAGUUAAAUUUCACGGGCAACGAAUUGACCACAAUGGUGCCGUUGGCUGAAAUCGGCUUGGAUGACGUACAAAUAUCUAAAUUGCUGCUAUCGAACAAUAAUAUCAAUAAAAUAUCCGUCAACGAAUUGCCAUUGAACAUGAAGGUUUUGGAACUGCAUAACAACAACAUCAGCAGAUUAAACUUGGACGUUCUGCAAUUUAUGAAAAAUACUUCAUUGACAGAGCUGACAUUACACGGAAAUCCAUGGGUGUGCGAUUGCGACGCAAGAGAUUUUCUCAAUUUCAUUCAAACGAAAGUUAUAGAGAUCCCUGACUCCUUGGAAAUUACUUGCGAAAAUAUGGACGUAUCGAUGGUGAAGAUGACAGCAACAGAUCUCUGUCCGAUAAACACCUUGAUAAUAAUCGUGGUGAGCACGACCAUAGCUAUCACUGGUCUGAUAAUCGGUCUACUAGCAGCACUCUAUUACCGAUAUCAACGAGAGAUCAAAGUUUGGUUGUACGCGCAUCAGCUGUGCUUGUGGCUAGUAACCGAAGACGAAUUGGACAAGGAUAAGCUGUACGAUGCGUUCAUAAGCUACUCUCACAAGGACGAAGACUUUGUUGUGAAUGAGCUGGUGCCACAGCUAGAAACUGGUCCAAGACCGUUUAAACUGUGUUUGCAUUUCCGCGAUUGGUUAGCUGGAGAAUGGAUACCGACACAAAUUGCACGUUCCGUACAGGAUUCUAGGCGAACGAUAGUAGUGUUAUCACCGAACUUUUUGGAGAGUGUUUGGGGGCGAAUGGAAUUCAGAGCAGCGCAUAGUCAGGCGCUGAGCGAAGGGAGAGCAAGAGUUAUUUUAAUUUUGUAUGGAGAGAUCGGCCCCACUGACGACUUGGAUCCAGAACUCAAGGCGUACUUGAGCAUGAACACGUACGUGAAAUGGGGUGAUCCUUGGUUCUGGGAUAAACUGCGAUAUGCGUUACCACAUUCCCCAGAGCUGAUAAAGAACGCUAUAAGAAGGAAAAUCUUUGCAAAGCAUCAACCGUGCAUACAAAUCAGCGGCGAGAAGAAAGAAUUAAUUCAUACAAACAACGUUCCUGAAACACCUCCUGCAGCGAGCACUCCACCGGCAGAUUCUCUUAAAAUAUUUAUAUCCGACGAGAAGGAAGGAAAUAAUAAAGAGCAUCUAGGAAAUUUGUCUCCAACAGAUUGUAGUACUAAACUCAUUCUUUCGACUGAGGAGUUAAUAAAACAUAAUCUUAACAAAGUACAAUGUACCACCGUGUAGUGGGAUCAUUGUACAUGUUUAAGAAUAUACGAAACAUUUUCAAGAAGGAAAUAUUUCUUCAGCAAAACCAAAUUACUCAUUUUGUGCCUUUAAUGUGAAUUUUUCUACGACUUUAUUCAAAUGGAAAAUAAAACAUAUCCGCUGCCAGCUGAUGUGUAGAAAAUCGAUCAUUGCAAUUCAUGCAGAAUUUCAUUUGUAUAAUAUGUAUAAAUAGGUAAAUUGAAUACAUUAUGCAAUGUGUUAUACAUGUGCGAUUAUAUUUAAGAUUCAAUGUAAGCUUCAUAUAUUUGUCUUUCGAAAAACGAUGUCUAUCAUCUAUGAUACCGGAAGGGA